AUGCGUGACAUGCCGAAGAAGGAAAAAAGCUGCGACAAGAAGGCCCCUUUCUGCGGUCAAUGCGUGGAGUCUGGUCUGGUCUGCGAGGGGUACACGUGGAACCGAUCGGUUUGGAUCAAUUCAACGGGUGGUGAAAAUCGCAGAUAUGGUAAGGCCUCUAGUGCGCUACCAGGGAGUAGAGAUGGCACUCCAGUCAUUACGCUCCAUGACUCUCUUGCAGUGACUGCCAGGGAAGAUAGAUAUGUCGGUCUGUAUCUGGCAGCAUUUCUACCAAAUGGCCGUCUAUUCUCCCAGCAUGCCUCACAGAUAUCUUCUGCGGGAUGGCUGAGAUACCAUGACGAAUUAUGUCGGUCCGAGAAAACCCUUCGCUUUAUUACACUUGCCCAUGGUCUCUCAAUGAUGGCGACCAGAGAUGAUGACAGUCAAUUGAAGCUCAAAGGGUUCGAGGCAUACCGCAUGGCGCUUCAUGAAAUGCGCACAGCGGUGCAAGACCCGCAAAGAUCCACUGGGGAUGGCCUACUGGCUGCUAUCCGACUGUUUCGAUUUUAUGAGAUUCUAUAUGGCGCUGAGUCGCAUUCCAGGGACGGGAAAGAUUCGGCCUCCCAAAUCAAGGGUUACUUUGCACACACCUAUGGUGAGAUGGCUUUGUUCAUGAAUAGGGGCUGUGAAAAGAAGUGGAGCAAGCCAGGAAUGUCCUUACUGGUCAGCGGUCGCAUUGUUUCGUUUAUUCUAGGUGUGGGUCGACGAGAAAGAUCGCCCUUCAGUGACGAACGUUGGAUGACAGCUCCCUGGAAGGAUUCUCAGAAGUCACCACUCGACCAACUCAGUGACAUUUUGGUCCAGGUUCCGGGACUACUGGGUGAACUGGACAGUCUACGAGCAAGUCCUGUCGUGGAACGUAUGUUGCUAGACUGGAACAAGUUUUUGAACAAAUGCAUUCACAUCGAGAAGAGUCUGGAUGACUGGAGAUUCGCCAUGAGGAAAGAAUUGCGGACCUACGAUUACAAUCAUUCGGCAGAUGCCCUGCCCAUACCGAAAGUCGACAGGGACUUCGCUGUGCUGCACAUGAGCCAUCUAUACUGGAGCUGCUCUAUUCUCAUAUAUACGACAAUUUACAUAGCCGGUCUUCAAGCAGAUCUAAGUCUGUUCCCCGGCUCCUCUACUGCGAUUCCCUUUUCUUCACCUGGAUGCUCCAAUUACUGCAACGAAAGGAACCCGACUUUACACGCCCGCAGAAUUAUCUACACUUUACCACUUUCGCAUGGAACACAAGCAGGUGGCUUUGGAGCUUUGUCUGCUGCCUUCCCGAUGGGUAUGGCGCUCCGUUAUCUUGCGGUGGCCCAUAUCUUCCCACACGAAGGCGGCACUGAGAGCGUGCAGAAGGAAUUCUUCCAUGAGACCAUUGCCCGUCCUUUUAUGAAAGCAUAUAUAGCGCGUUUUCUUGGCCAUCUGCACAAAGAAGACACUCCGGCGGAGUCUCUGAAGGACAUACCCGGGUUGCAAGGGGUAGAAUUGAGGAUGAAGCGAUGGUGGUUUGGCUCUGAGGUCCAAGAUAGCCUAGUUAAAACAUAA